AUGUCAGUAAGUGCCUCUAACCGUCACCUCCCUACACCUCCCUACACCGUCACCUCCCUACACCGUCACCUCCCUACACCGUCACCUCCCUACACCGUCACCUCCCUACACCGUCACCUCCCUACACCGUCACCUCCCUACACCGUCACCUCCCUACACCGUCACCUCCCUACACCGUCACCGUCCAACACCGUCACCGUCACCGUCCAACACCGUCACCGUCCAACACCGUCACCGUCCAACACCGUCACCGUCCAACACCGUCAAUGUCCAACACCGUCACCGUCCAACACCGUCCAACACCGUCAAUGUCCAACACCGUCCAACACCGUCAAUGUCCAACACCCUCAAUGUCCAACACCGUCAAUGUCCAACACCGUCAAUGUCCAACACCGUCAAUGUCCAACACCGUCAAUGUCCAACACCGUCAAUGUCCAACACCGUCAAUGUCCAACACCGUCACCGUCCAACACCGUCAAUGUCCAACACCGUCAAUGUCCAACACCGUCACCGUCCAACACCGUCACCGUCCAACACCGUCACCCUCCAACACCGUCACCCUCCAACACCGUCACCGUCCAACACCGUCAAUGUCCAACACCGUCACCGUCCAACACCGUCACCCUCCAACACCGCCACCCUCCAACACCGUCACCCUCCAACACGUCACCGUCCAACACCGUCAAUGUCCAACACCGUCACCGUCCAACACCGUCAAUGUCCAACACAGUCACCGUCCAACACAGUCACCUCCCUACACCGUCAAUGUCCAACACCAACACAGUCACCGUCCUACACCACGACAGAAGGUCCAUUACAGGCUGA